AUGUUUGGUUCAGGGAAGCUGCCGGAUGUGCACUUGCUCAUCUCGUCAUGGCUGGAGAAAGGGGAGGGGAAGGACCGCACAGUCCGAGAUGAAGCUUACGAGGCGUUAGCUGGAGCGUACGCCUUCGUCGGCAUGGUGGCUCUGAUCCAGCUCAUUCGCAUUCAGCGCAGAGUGCCGGAGUACGGCUGGACCACGCAGAAGGUCUUCCACCUCCUCAACUUUGUCGUCAAUGCUUUGCGAGCCGUGGUGUUUCUCUUCCGCGAGGAGGUGGAAGUCCUUAGCGCGGGUCCCAACCAUGUAUUCGCGCACGUGCUUCUGGACCUCCCCGGUCUUCUCUUCUUCACCACCUAUACCCUCCUCGUGCUCUUCUGGGCUGAGAUCUACCACCAGGCGCGCGGCCUGCCUACGGACAACCUGCGGCCAUACUUCAUGGCGGCCAACGUCGGCGUCUACGUGCUGCAGGCGGCCAUCUGGGGCGUUAUGUGGUUCGAUCACAAGGACAUGCUCACAAUCGACCUCAUCGCCAAGCUCUUCUUUACGGCUGUCUCGCUAGCAGCCGCGGCAGGCUUUCUGCUCUAUGGCGGAAGGCUCUUCCUCAUGCUGCGGCAGUUCCCCAUUGAGUCGCGGGGUCGCAGAAAGAAGCUUCACGAGGUUGGCUUCGUGACUCUCAUCUGCUUCUCCUGCUUCAUCGUCCGAGCUGCCGUGAUCGCCUAUUCAGCCAUUGUGAGCACGGCAUGGCUGGACGUGGUGGCAGACCCCUGGGUCAACGUCGCCUACUAUGCUUGCGUGGAGCUCAUCCCAGCAGCCCUGGUGCUCUACAUUCUCCGCAAGCUGCCUCCGAAGCGCAAUGCCAACACUCAGGCCCUGCGCUAA